UCAACUGCAAUUCAGCGGCGAAUAUCUUUUAACGUGAACAGUUCCCUUUAAAAGGAUUAUUUUCGUGAGAUUUUAGAAGGAUAUGUAAAAAUGAGUUUUGAAAUACUUAUAGUACUUGUUUGUGUUAUUACAUUAUACAGAAUUGACUGUAAAGAAAACAUGUACCUAUGUGGACCGAGACACGCAUGCACGUGUGAAAACAACACUUACACCGGAAUGGCAAUGAACUGUGAGGGCAGGGGUGACAUGAGGCUUUCGGAGAUAUGCUCUGACAUUUCCAGCAAGGGAUAUGCAUCCGUGGUUCUAAGGGCUGGCAGAAACAACUUAGGAAACUUGAAAGCUUUGGAUCUUAAAGGAUGUGAAAAUCUAACCGAAUUAUACUUAAAUUUUAACCAAAUAUCUAUCAUUGAAGAAAACACAUUUCAAGAUUUCCACCAAUUAGUCACAUUAGAUAUAUCCCAGAAUUUGUUACCGGUGUACAGCGGAAACUGGAAUGCAUCUGUUCUACCGAACACUUUGAAGACGCUCAAGCUUCAUGGAUGUCAAAACAUACUUUUACUUAAUGUUUCAUUGCCUGACUUUGACGAUCAGAAAAACUUAAGUUGUCUCACAAUUGAUGGCUACCCAAAUGUUUUGUUCAACUUUUCAAAAAUAACACACUUGUCUUUUUCGGGAUUGAACUUCCAAUCCUACUGUAACCUCUCCCGAAUAGACAACAACACGUUCUCGCAUUUGAGAUCGCUGAAAGUUCUAAACAUAUCAGCGUGUGGAAUCAUUAGCAUCACAGCAGGAGCAUUCGAACAUCUUCACGGCCUUCAGGUUCUAGACCUUUCUUACAACCGACAGCUGGGGAUAAAAUCAUUCGCGAACAUAACGUAUGGCUUGCAGUUUUCGAGGAUCGGCUUCUUGAACAUAUCCUUCGUUUAUAACACAUUUGGAAUAGGCACCAAAGUUACUGUGUCGGAUCUGUGCUACUUCUGGAACACAACAGUUGAAGAUUUAGACAUAUCGGGAAAUAGAAUUGAGAUAAUUGAAACAAAUGCGCUUAUACUUAUCCCUACAUCAUUGAAAACUAUACGUAUGGAUAUGAACAAAUUCACGUUUGGACCAUAUUUACUUCAACUCGGUUGCGCGAGUAACCUUCAGACAGCGGUUGGUUCAUUUUUAAACUAUGCAUUCAAUCCCAUAAUAUAUACUGCAGAGCACUUAAAGGAUUUUGCAAGGCACACAGCAGACACAGGUGACAACUCGUGUCCUUAUUGCAAUGUCUCGUUUUUGAAAGAAAGGGCAAAGUCUUCCGCUCAAGAAUGUCGCUACUAUGAACCUGAUGUUUACACGAUAUAUAUUGAUUCCCAGAUCCCCGUUAGUAUGCAACAAAUUAUUUUCAACGACGGCAAUUUUAUUUAUGAUUUAGACAUAGAAUUUGAUUUCAAACCGUUUGAUAAUUCAAUCCAGUUGAUGGAUAUUUCGGGAAAUAUUUUUAAAUCGUUUACUGGAUAUUAUGGUCCUCUCCCUAGAUUGGAAAUCAUGAAGAUGUCACGUUGUUCUAUCAAAACAAUCGGUCAAAAUACUUUAAAUUACACAUCAUUGAAAGUUUUAGAACUCUCUCAUAAUGAAUUAGGUUCUCAAAUGGCGGAUCAAUACCGAUCAAAUAUAUUUAAUAUGCUGCCAUCCCUCCAGUAUUUGGAUCUUUCGUCCAAUGGGAUAACAGUAUUGUUUAAUUCGACCUUUGAAAUGCUGGUAAGUUUAGUUCAUUUAGACGUAAGCAACAACAAUAUAGAACGUUUCGAAAUAAGAAUAAACACGUUAUGUAAUUUAUUGGCAUUAAAUUUGUCUGUUAACUCGAUACAUACGCUUUCUACUGACAUACAGCACCAGCUUGAAUCCAAUGAAAAAAAUAAUUCUACGUUUUUGGUGGACUUACAAGAUAAUUCAUUAUCAUAUGACUGCGAUAAUGAGGAAUUUCUACACUGGUUGUUGAAACAUAAGAAUAACAUGUUUGGAUUUGACAAUUACAAAUUCUUCAUAUCUGGCAAAAAUGUAUUGAAUGCUCAAGAGUUUUGCGACGACGUUGGAAACCUUGCCGCCAGGUGUAAAUCAUACACGGCUGUCAUUGUAAUAUGUUGUAUAGUCUUGGCUACAUUCAUUUCACUAGUUACUGGAGGAGUUAUAUAUAAAAAUCGAUGGAAACUACGUUACUUCAUGUACAUGUCAAAGAAGAGAUAUUUUGGUUACAGAAGGCUGCCGGAUUAUACUGUCAUUGAGAACUAUAAAUAUGAUGCAUUUAUCUCAUACUCUGAAGACAAAAUACGUUUCAUUCGAGACGAGUUCCUACCACGAGUGGAGACAGAACACGUGUCACUUUGUCUUCACCAGCGCGACUUUCUUGCUGGUAACGCCAUCUCAGACAACAUCAUACAGGCUAUCGAUAGCAGCAGAAAAACUGUUGUUAUCUUGUCGAAUUCUUUUUUGAAGAGCAAGUGGUGCAUGUACGAGUUCAACAUGGCGCGAAUGGAGAGCAUUUAUUCUCGAGGAGAUAGCGUUUCACUUGUUAUAGUUAUGAUAGAACAAGUGCCCCAUAGCGCUAUGCCGUUGGAAAUGGUACGGUGGAUACAGGACAAUAAUUACAUCGAAUACUCAACGGACAACGAGGGCAAUGCACUUUUUUGGGACAAACUUCAUAAUGUUAUAAGCUCUGUGUAAAACUUAUUUUUUGUGUACAUGUUCCUAAAAAUAAUUGGGUCAUGGUCUUUAACCGUUUAAGUCAUAUGUUCACAUCUAGACAGGUUUGAUUUGUGCCGAUAGUCACUUGUGUUCGUGCAUGUUUCUGUAGACAUUAAUUUGAAUCCUUUUGAUAUGUUUUGUAUUGGCUGAAGCAUUGAAAAUAUAUGUAUAUAACUUUGUUAUUGAUAGUGUGUAUCGCUUAUAGAUGUAAUAUGUAAUUUGUGCUUUAAAUGUGUAUUGGAGCUAUGCACACACAAUAGGAACGAUGCAUUUUUCAAGAUAUUUUGUCGGUACUAUCAAAUCAUUAUAUAUCUCUUUUUCAUGUCAAUCAGAUCAUUUCAAUUAUAGACGUGGGUUUCAUAUUUGAAGGGAAUUAAAGUGAAUAUUAGAUUCAUAUAAAUGACCACUUCUUGCGUAUUUAUGAAUAAUACUUGCGUACAGAUUACGUUAUUAUUCCAAAUUACAAAUGCAUUACACGUAAAUAACAUAUUUUCGAAUAUAUAUUUUAUUAGUAUUCGCAAUAACGACAUGUGUAUGUGUACAAAGGUUAAAAAAAUAGAUUUUUGCAACUCCUUACGUCAGCACUUUAAUAAGUAAAGUGCUAAUUGUAUGUUUGUAAAUUACAAAGAACGUUCAAUAUCUAAUCGCUAAGGCCAAAACAAACUGAUGACAUUUUAGUCGGAUUAACCGUUACUUACCAUUUUUAUAAUGACAUAAACUAUGUUUUGUUUUAUCGUGUCCGCUGGAUCCAUUUUCCCCGCAUUCGAUGUCAUUUGUAUUGUAAUUAUUCUGAAUAAGUCUGUUACAAAUAUUGUUUUUGAAAUUUGUUACACUGAGCGGCCUUUGCCUCUGACUAUGAAAUGUCGCCCGAAUGAUUUCAAUGUAUAACAAUGGGUAAUUAUAUUGGUGGAAGAGUGCAAAUAACAAGCAUGAACCGCUAAACAAAUGACAAAGUAAAAACAGUUUUGAUCCUUAAAGGGGCCUUUGACGUUGUGGUAUAUUGACAAAAUUAUUUUUUUUAAAUCAGAUUCGCUAAUGUUCGUUGUAGUUAUGAUAUUUGUGAGGAAAAAGUAAUACUGAACAUUUAGCAUGCACUAACAUAUCAUUUUAUCACAUGCCAUACCCUGUUUCCCAUGUAAUAUAACCAUUACGUAUAUUUUUAUCUUACAAAUGUGUAAUAUACUUUUUAAGCGUU